AUGAAAAGGAGAAGAAUAAAACGAUGUAUCUCUCAACUCUUAAGCAAGUUAGAAUUUUACGUAAACAUAUGGCUAAAAAUAAAGGAUGUGGUAAAGUACGUGUUUCGUACGCUUAUCCUUAGGGAAAAGCUACACUUUAGAACAUACAGGAAGAGGAAGAUUUGUCCAAGUAUGACACUAGUAUUAGAUCUAGAUGAAACACUCAUUUAUUGUACAAAGAAAAAAAAAUUCAGUCAUCAGAAGGAGGUAGAUGUAUUAAUCAACGGGAGAUAUUUCUCCUUAUAUGUGUGUAAGAGGCCAUACAUAGAUCUCUUUUUCUCCAUUUUGAACCCUUUUUUCGAAAUAGUAAUUUUUACAACAUCUAUUAAAUCCUAUGCCGAUACAGUUCUUAACAUAAUAGAUGUGGAUCAUUACAUAGACAAGAAAUUCUACAGAGAAGAUUGCUUUGAAGUGAGCCAGAAGGUUUAUAUAAAAAACUUGCAAAGUAUAAAAAAGGAAAUCUCAAAAAUGGUAUUAAUUGAUGAUUCUAAUAUAUCUGGUUUGAAAUACCCCGAAAAUUAUUUCCCCAUAAAAAAAUGGCAAGGAGAUUUAAAUGACACGGAGUUGUUGGAUAUCAUCCCUUUUUUUUUGAACUUGAAAAAACUGAGAGAUGUUAGAUCUCUUUGUUCUUUUAGGUUAAGGUCUCAGAAGGAAAUUAGCAGAUUACUUCAAACAGCUCCUUCCAAGCAUCUCAAGUACCUAACAGAUCGGGGUACUAACUUUCUUUAUUCACCAUCCCUUGCUUUUCAAGCCAUUAAUUAUUUGAAAAUAUUUAUGAGUCGCUUCAGGUAUGCCAGCUCCAAAAAACAGUGGAAUGAAUUGGGUAAAAAAAUAAACAGCAAAUUGAAAUCCUAUCCUUUCUCGUUAUCCAAACUUAAGGGAUCCAGUGAUGAUGAACAUCGCAAGCGCCACCGCAAGGCGGCACCAAGGAAGGUGUUGCAGUAG